UCGGAGUUGAAUAGUUCUUUGUUUCCUCUUCUUUUGCUCUUAUUCAAAGCUUCAAAUCAAAAUGGACCCUCGCUUCUGCUUGUGUCCUUUUCACUCUGAAUUUUCUUAGCUGAAUUUAAUAUAUCUUUUGGAAUUGUAGAAUUGGAAUAAUUUUUUUCUUCCCUCUGCAAUGACAAAGAUCAGAGAUACCAAUCACCACAAAAAAAAAAAAAAAAAAAUUGAAAUGUGAAUGGUUUGAUUCUGAAAUUCAAGAAAGUGGCAUUAAUUUUUCUUUUGCUUUAUGAGAGAGUGAGAAAAAAAACCAGUUUUAUUCGGAUUAAGCUCUACAAACUGAAGCCAUCACCAUGAAAAGAGUUCCAAGAACUCGUUUCUCUCUUCCUGUUCUUCUUCUGCUUAACAUUUUUGUGUUUUCUUUGCUUCCAUUGAAGAUUGCUUCCUCACCAAGAACACAAGCAGAGGCUCUUAUAAAAUGGAAGAACAGCUUGGCCAUGGAACCAUCAACUCUGGAAUCAUGGUCCAUUAACAGUAUCAACAAUCUCUGCAACUGGACUAAUGUUGUCUGCGAUGGCUCCACUAGUGAAAUCUCACAAAUAGACCUCUCAAACUUGAAACUGUUUGGAACACUGGACCAGUUCAACUUCUCUCCAUUCCUUAACAUCACCGUCUUCAACCUCAACAAAUGCAAUCUCUCUGGUUCGAUACCACCAGCCAUUGGUAAUCUCACCAAACUCACUGUGUUGGACUUGAGUGACAAUGAUAUUAAAGGACAGAUACCAGUGGAGAUAAGCCGGUUAACAGAGCUUCAAUAUCUCUGUCUGUACAACAAUUUUCUUGAGGGGCCAAUCCCUUACCAGCUCAGCAAUCUACCAAAGGUAUGGUACUUAUCCCUUGGAGUAAACAAGUUGGAGAAUUCUGAGUGGUCUAAAUUUUCAAGAAUGCCUUUGUUGACCUACCUUGAUCUAAAUUUGAAUGACUUUAAUUCAACAUUCCCAGAUUUCAUAACAAAGUGUAGAAACUUGUCCUUCCUAGACGUGUCCCGAAAUAGUUGGACUGGCCCAAUUCCAGAAUUUAUAUUUUCCAAUCUGGGCAAACUCCAAUCUUUCAAUCUCACUAAUAAUCAAUUUAAGGGAGCUUUGUCAUCAAACAUUUCAAAGCUUUCUCAGCUCACACACCUUCAUUUGCCAAAUAACCUUCUCAGUGGUGAAAUUCCUGAAGGAAUUGGUCUCCUACAAAAUCUUGAGGUUCUUGAACUGUAUAACAACUCCUUUAGUGGGAGUAUUCCUUCUUCUAUUGGCCAACUCAAGAAUCUCUUGCGUCUUGAUCUACACAAGAAUUUAUUAAACUCAACAAUUCCUUCAGAGCUUGGUUCUUGCACUAAGAUCGUCUUCUUGUCUAUGGCUGAGAAUAGUCUCCGUGGUGAAUUGCCUUUGUCAUUAUCCAAUCUGAAUAGUAUCACAGAAAUUGGCUUAUCAAAUAACAAACUUUCAGGCCCUCUCUCCCCAGCCUUGAUCUCUAAUUGGACUGCUCUCACCUCAUUGCAAGUGCAACACAACAGCCUCAGUGGGCACAUUCCAAAAGAAAUUGGACUAUUGAAGAACAUCACCUUGAUUUACCUGUUCCGAAAUUACUUCAGUGGUCAAAUUCCCACAGAGAUUGGAAACUUGAAGGAACUUGGUGACUUGGAUCUUUCUUCAAACCAUCUCACGGGUCCAAUUCCAACUUCUCUACGGAAUCUCAAAAACCUCCACUCUGUGAAACUUUUCUACAAUAGUCUGGUUGGAACCAUCCCACCAGAGAUUGGAAACUUGAAAAAACUAGCAAACUUGGAUCUUUCUGGGAACCAUCUUAACGGUCCAAUUCCAACUUCUCUAUGGAAUCUCAAAAACCUCGUCUCUGUGAAACUUUUCCACAAUAAUCUGGUUGGAACCAUCCCACCAGAGAUUGGAAAUCUAGUAUCACUGUCAACUUUUGAUGUUAACACCAACAGACUCUCAGGAGAGUUGCCGGUUAACAUUUCCAGCCUCAGCAACUUGGUGGGGUUCUCUGUUUUCAGCAAUAACUUCACAGGAACAAUCCCCAGAGACUUUGGGAAGAACAGUCCUAAGUUGACAUACAUUAGCUUUUCAAACAACUCAUUUUCCGGAAAGUUGCCACCAUAUUUGUGUAAUGGGUUCAAGCUAGUGACUUUGACUGUAAACAACAACAGCUUCACGGGACCAUUGCCCGAGUGCCUAAGAAAAUGCACCAAUUUGAAGAGAGUAAGGCUUGACGAGAAUAAUUUCACAGGAAAUAUUACUGAUGCUUUUGGUGUUCACCCUGCUCUUGAUUUCGUUCGACUAAGCGACAACCAAUUUGUUGGUCAAAUUUCAAGUACGUGGGGGCAAUGUGUGACUCUCACAAAUUUACAGAUGAGUCGAAACAAAAUCUCUGGUAAGAUCCCACCUGAACUCGGGAAUGCAAAAAAUUUGCACGUUUUGAGCUUAGAGUCUAACGAGUUAAGUGGGGAAAUUCCUACUCAAAUUGGAAACCUUAACAAGUUGUUCCAUCUCAACCUCAGCAAUAACCAUUUCACAGGGAGCAUCCCUCGAAGCCUGUCCAAUCCAACUAAGCUGGAAACUCUUGAUGUAUCUGCGAACAAUGUUUCUGGGACCAUUCCAACUUGGCUCGAGGAUUAUAAAUUUUUGUCGAGCUUGAAUCUUAGUCACAACAAGUUUUCUGGCGAAAUACCUCAAGAGCUUGGCAACUUGGGCUCGUUGAAGUACAUGUUGGAUCUCAGCAGCAAUUCUUUCACUGGAGAAAUCCCAUCAAACUUGGUCAAGCUUUCAUCACUGGAAAUCCUCAACGUCUCAAAUAAUCAACUAUCCGGCAAAAUCCCAUCGUCGUUUUCCAGCAUGGUUAGUCUAGUUUCGGUCGAUUUUUCCUACAACAACUUGACGGGUCCAAUCCCAAUUGGGAAACCUUUCCUAAACGAGAACGCCUUCUUGGGAAAUCCUGGCUUAUGCAGAGACACUGAAGGGGUGAACCUCAAUCCGUGUAGCUCAAUGUCAAACGACAAAUCAAGCAAGAAAACGACUCAUAUUUUUAUCGGGGCCCUUGUUGUCGUUUGUGCUUUGAUAAUACUUAGUGUGACUCUUAUAAUUUACUUAUUGACUCGGAAAGGCAGACACCUGGACGAUGAGAGUCAAAGCUCUGACAAGUUCGACAACACCGAAACAUUGAUAUGGGAAGAAGGGGAAGAAGAAGAAGAAAAAUUCACUUCCCAAGAAAUUCUUAUAGCCACAGAGGACUUCUCUGAGAAAUACUGCAUCGGAAAAGGAGGAUUUGGCAGCGUGUACAAGGCUGUUCUGAAUUCGAGUAUAGUUGCUGUCAAACAUUUGUACGCGUCGGACUCGAACGAAGUCCCGAAGAGUUACCAACAGAGUUUCCUUAACGAGAUAAAGACUUUGACUAAAGUCAAGCACCGAAACAUCAUAAAGCUAUACGGGUUUUGUUCGAGGAAAGGCUGUAUGUACUUGGUGUAUGAAUACGUACAAAGAGGAAGCUUAGCAAAAGUGUUGUACGACUUAGAAAGUGAAUGUCUUGUCUGGGAAAUAAGAAUGAGAAUUGUUCAAGGCCUGGCUCAUGCGCUUGCUUACUUACACCAUGAUUGUUCUCCGCCCAUUGUCCACCGAGAUGUCACCUUGAACAAUAUACUACUCGACUGGGAUUUUGAGCCUAAACUGUCUGAUUUUGGUACAGCCAGAUUGUUGAGCCCUGACUCCCCUAAUUGGACUAGUGUUCAAGGGUCAUAUGGCUACAUGGCACCAGAACUGGCGCAGACAAUGCGUGUAACAGAUAAGAGUGAUGUGUAUAGUUUUGGAAUUGUGGCUUUAGAAGUAAUGAUGGGAAGGCACCCUGGGGAGAUGCUGGAAUCACUAUCAGCAUCAACAAGAGCAUUGUCAAAUGGUACUGAAUUGCUUCUCAAGGAUGUCUUGGACCAGAGGUUGCCUCCUCCAGAUGGAGAAUUGGCUGAGGCAGUGGUGUUCAUGGUGACUGUAGCCUUGUCAUGCGCUAGAACCAACCCCGAGAAGCGGCCAAACAUGCGGUUCGUGGCACAAGGGCUAUCGGCUCGCAUUCAGCCUUACCUGUCUGAACCUUUUGGCUCCAUAACAAGUUGACGGGCUUUCGAAAGUGAGAAGAAAAUGUAAGUAUAUAAACUACAGUUUAGUAAUGACGAUCGACCUCACAUCUUUUCUUUCAUGAUCUAGUUUUGUGGCUAUCCUAAGUGACUCCAAUGGUACUAUUAUUGCUGCCAUGUCAAGACCUGUCAUUGGUUUUUUCAAAGUGGACGUUAUGGAGGCCAUGGCCUUAUUAUUACACAGCCUCAAAUGGCUUCUUGAGAUGCAAUUGCAAGUACAUUAUUAUAUUGAAAUUGAUUCCUUUCCGGCGGUUUAAGGAAUGCAGAUCCCAUUAUUAUUUGACAUUAGACAUCUUGUAUCUAAUUUUCCUGUAACACAGACCUCACAUGUCUUUAGAUAUGUUAACACUGUGGCUCAUUUGUUAGCUAAGUUUGCUCUAUCCACGGAUAUUGAUUAUAUGUGGUUUUGGGAGAUUCCCUCUCCACUAAUGAAUGUUGUAUUAUAACUUCUCUGAUA